AGCUUAAAGGAACUCUAAACUCCACAUUUAGCUUUAGUGAUCCUGAAAUAUUAGUUAUUAUAAUCUUAAAGAAAAAUUUGCAGAUGUCUGACAAAUUAAAGAAACAUUUAAAUAAUCAGCUUGGGUUAUUGAAUGAAUCAAGCUUAGAUCUACAGAGUAGCAUCAGCAGUUUUAUACAACAGGUUACAAAAAAAGCAAUGGAAUAUAUAGACAACACUACUGACACCAAUGUGACAGUGAAAGAUGCUCUUGUUAUGGUAGCUACAGCACAGAGUGUAAUAUUUGAACAUCUGAAUAUGAUGAAUGAAACCACCAAGCUCUACCCUCCCACUGUGAUGACAGAAGACAAAACAACAACAGAGAGUCAAAGUUUUAUCCCAGAAGAUGCUCAACAUAUUUCUACAGUGCCUAUGUCUGGUGAUACCGAAACAAUAAGAAGACUAAAAGAUAUUGAAACAGCUUUAUCAUCCCUUCAAGACACAACACAAAAGACUGAAAAUAACAUAUUAGAGAUAAACCAAUGGAGAGACAACUUUGUAACAGAACAAAGUGAUGUGGGGAUUAAAGUUGAAAACUUGUCAAAGAAACAAAAACAGAAUUUUAAAAACUUAAAAAAACAGUUAAAAGAACAAGAUAACAAAAUAGAAGAUCUGACUCAACAAAUUGAAAGUUUAAAAACAAAAGAAUCAGACACAGACAAAACAGUGGAGAAACUGUCUCUAGAUAUGAAAGAAAAUGAAAAUAAUAUGCAGACACUAAAUAAAGAGAUGAGAGUUUACACAGAGAAAACAGAUACUUUAACAGAAGAAAUUAAAAGAUAUUCUGAUUUAAUAUCUGCUAUACAAGAAGAUACAACAAAAACAUUUGAUACAUUAUUGUCUAAGCAUGUUGUUGUAUGUAAACUUCUACAACAAAGAUUGUUGCCAAUUGAUAAAAUGAUUGAAACAUAUAAUCAAAACUCUGAGACUAGGGAAGGAGAAGUAAAGAAGAUUGAAACUCUUGAAAAGGAAGUUUUAAAGUUGUCAAAUGAUUUUCAAUCAAUCGCUAAUCAACAAGUGAAAUACUCUACACUGGGUUUUAUUGCUUCACAAGGUCGCUGGGACGGGAAAAUGUGUCAAGGAUUCAAAGUUUUUGCAUUCAGUGCUGUAGAACGUAACGCAGGAAACCAUUUUGAUCCUAAAACUGGAGAGUUUACCGCCCCUGUUGAUGGCCUGUAUAAAGCAAAUCUUAGAAUAAAACAAACAGGAGAUCGUGAUGUAGCAGCUGGUGUUUGGCACAGAUCUGGUGGUGUGGAAUCACGGCUGGGGGAUGUUUUGAUAAAAGACAAAUCUGUUGAAGCUUCAAGAACAUAUGAGGUUCUGAUGAAAAGUGGAGAUGCUUUGUUUUCAGCUACUGUCUUUAAGUAUUUGGAAUGUUCACAUUUUUCUUGUAUCCUUCACGUAGACUAAUAUUUAUACAUAUAAUUAAACUUGAUUUAAGUUUGAUAACAUUUUUUUUAAUAACAAUCAGAUUGUUUUAGACUAGAUAAUAUAACGUUUAAAUGGUUGACGUGU